UUGGCGUCGAACACACGCACGCGGCCGUCACCGUCUUCGCCGUGCCUACGAAGAGAUCGAGGAGGAAGAGGAAGCGGCGUCGCGGCGCACCCCGUUUCCAUUCUCGGCUUCCUCGCCCACCGACCACCCCCGCCUCUCCUCCCUCAGCCUACGCGCCGCCCGCCGCCGCCAUUGACGCACAGAUGAUGGGCUCCUCGGGCUCCGGCAAUGGCUCCCGCCACCUCGACCCGGGCCGCGUCCACGAGCUCGUCAUGCGCCGAAAGCCGUACGACCUCCUCCACUACCUGAAUUCCGUGCCCGGGGCGUCCGAGGACCCGCACUGCCGCCAGAUCAAAUACGUCGCGGAGACUCUCCUGCUGCUCAUGCGAAGAGGUUUGGUUCCCGGAGACAAGACGCUGAUCGUGGAUUGGGCCCGAAACGCAUGGCUGAACGCGACACAAAGCAGACUUUUUUCAUCCCAGAUGGUUGGUGGUGGUCCAUCCAAUUUUACUUCAGAUGCAGGUUAUAAUAUGCAUCCACACAAUUCAAGUUCAUAUUCUGGAAGGAUGUUGACCAAUGAACCUGUCAGUAAUGACUUCAGACAUGCUGCAAUGCAUAAUCAAUUAUCUGCUUCUAACCCAAGGAAUCAUACUGCAACAUUUCCUCCACAGCAAGCAAACUCAACUGAUGUGAUGCUUGAUGGAACCCCUGCUUUUAACUCCGGAACUCAUGCUUCAGCAUAUGUUCCAUUGCGGAAUAAUUCUAAGCUUGGUCAUGAUAUGCACCCACACAAUUCAAGUUCAUAUUCUGGAAGGAUGUCGACCAACGAACCUGGGCUCAGAGAUACUGCAACGCAUAAUCAAUUAUCUGCUUCUUACUCACGGAAUCAUACUGCAACAUUUCCUCAACUGCAAUUAAACUCGAAUGAUGUGAUGCUUGAUGAAACAUCUGCCUUUAACCCUGGAACUCAUGCUUCAGCAUAUGUUCCAUCAGGGGGUUAUUAUACACUUGGUCAUAAGAUGCACCCACAAAAUUCAAAUUCAAAUUCUGGAAGGAUGUUGACUAACAAACCUGGUAGUAAUGGGCUCAGAGAUACUGCAACGCAUAAUCAAUUAUCUGCUUCUUACUCACGGAAUCAUACUGCAACAUUUCCUCAACUGCAAUUAAACUCGAAUGAUGUAAUGCUUGAUGAAACAUCUACCUUUAACCCUGGAACUCAUGCUUCAGAAUAUGUUCCAUCACGGGGUUAUUAUACACUUGGUCAUAAUAAUUCAAGUUCAUAUUCUGGAAGGAUGUUGACCAACGAACCUUGUAGUAAUGAGGUCAGAGAUGCUGCAAUGCAUAAUCAGUUAUCUGCUUCUAACUCAAGGAAUUAUACUGCAACAUUUCCUCCACUGCAGGCAAACUCAAAUGAUGUGCCGCUUGAUGAAACAUCUGGUUUUAACUCCGGAACUCAUGCUUCAGCAUAUGUUCCAUUGCGGGAUAAUCCUACACUUGCACAAGCAUUCAAUGAACUCUUGGAUAAUAUUUUUUCGCCACAAAAGCAUGGUACACGGACGGUCGGACCACUAUGGCCGUGCCACCCUGGGUCAGAGCAGAAUAGAAAAGUGCUGCCCACAGUAGAUAUCAAAGGAAAGAGACCUGCAUCGAUGAAGGUGACGACGCUGAGGUUGAACGUUGCUUCUUUGGUUGCAGAGGAUGGAAUUAAUAGUGCUGCAGGGGUGUUGAUUAGGGAUGGCAGCACGGCACAAUUCAUCAGUGCAUCAUGUUUUAGUCCGAUACUACGCAGAGAGCCAGCUCUUCUUCUUGCAGCUGCUUGUUGCAAAGGGAUCAAAAUCGCUCUGUCCUAUCAACCAGCUAGUAUCACGCUGGAGUCCCAUCUGCUCCCUCUGCUCAACCCGCUAUACGCCUCUUCGGAUCAACCGCCAGAUGUAGUACAGCUGAAAGAAUUCCUGAGCCAGGGAUACCCACAUUUCGUAGUCCGGGACAUUCCAGAAGAAUCCAAUCGUGCUGCUUGUGAGUUGGCUCUCAAUGUUUUGCACCUACGGGAGUCCUAUAUGUUCUUCAAUGAUCCGCCAGAAUGGCUUGUCCCUUACUUAGAUCAGUGAGCUUAAAUACUCUUUUGAGUUCGAAAACAAUUCACCGGCUACUCAGUAUAGAAAGCUUCAUGGUGUAGGUAAAUGGCAGGUGCAAGCUUUCAUCUUGAGUGUAGUACUGUAGAUUAGAUAUAGUGAAGUUGAAGUAUACAUACAGUAACGACGUUCUUUCAACAUCUCACAUACAUACAUGCAUACAUGGAUAGUGUCUUGUCUGUCUUCUCGCUGUACUUGCGACCCAGAUGUGAUAGGUGUGAUGUAAACCUGGAUAGACCAUAUACUGAUGAAUAGAAAUGAUUACAGUUGAUCUU